AUGCAUGUCUCGCCGCUUCUCCCUUUGCUGUUGGCGAGCAAAGUGACUGCGUUGACUUUGUACACAAAUACACCCCUUUCAACGGGCUCGCCAUCAACAGAUUUGACAGCGAGUGCAUCGACACUAACGCAGGAUGCUUUCAAUGCUUUCAUCCUCCAAGGCCUAGGACCACAUAUCACUGAGAUGGGCGAACCUCGAGUCUCCGCCCGGCCAAGAGAUACAACAUUUUCCACAUUGCCCCGAGCUUCAGAUGCGUCACACUACACGGCGUCGUUGACAUCGAACUAUCCACUACACAACAAUGUUUUCACCGCCACUCCGAGAGUCAGCACAGCAGCACAGGCAAUGAGCCAGGCCAUGCAAUGCUGGUCGGAGAUUGCUACCUGGCGCAAUCAAUCAGCAUCGUUUUGGAAUGCCCAAGUUGCGGGUCGAACGUGGUCCAUCACGUCGAGCUGGAGCUCGUUGAGUACGGACUGGACUAGGACCUCGACGAUCUAUCCUUCGAGCGUUAUUACAUAUUCAUUGUGCGACGGUACGCCCCGCACGAACGUCCGCCCGAAAAUAGCUACAUUCACUGGGGUCUCUACACUCUCGGGUAGUAUAACUGCGACAUUAACGCCCACCUUCACAGCCCGGCCCUGUACCCUCCGGCCUAGCGACUGCAGAAUACUGUACCAGGAUACCAAUAUCGAAGAUAUUGAUGAUCGUGAGAUUCUUCGACAAUGCGGCAGUUCUGUGCACGUCGUCGGCGACGCUCAAUGGCUUGUGGGGGGAGGGCCUGUGGAGAUCAUCGACUUUCCCAUUAUUCCAGACGAUACGAAGCUAUGCCAAAGCAACAACGCAACGAUAUCUAGAGGACCUCUCAUUCCAGGAAUGUCCGAGAUAUCAACCCUUGGCGCGUCAGUGUCCRGCAUGCAGCUUAGUGUAAACCCUGAGAGUCUCGUCGUAGGAGAUGCCACUUUGACCGCAUCUACUCUACGGAAGCCAACCGCAACCAGGACAGCAUAUGUCGUAGCCUCUGGCAGCUUUACUCUAUCCGCGACAUCGGUCAAGGGGCAUUCUGAAGCAGUACAAAUCGGUACCGCAACUCUGUCAAUCGGAGGUCCUGUUGCAACUGUCAGCGGUCCGGUUCUCACAAAGGGCACAAAAGGGGUCGUGCUCGCCUCCCAGGAAAGCAGGACAUCACUUGAGACGGCCCUUCCAUCUGUCGUUAUCGCCAACGAGAAGCCAGGUCAAGCAGUUGUGUUGGCAGCUGGGAGCCACACGGUCACUGCUGUCAUGCUUACGGGCGAGCACACUGCAAUCAGCGUGGGCGGAACUACGCUUUCGAUGGGUGGCGAUGCGGCCGUCAUACAAAACGCUACAUUCACGGUCGGACCAGGCGGACUUGGCGUUGUCAGACCUCAUACAGCUCGAGUGCGGACGAGUUCGACACUCCCCUCAGUCGUGUUGUCGAGUGCAUCAACCUCAUCCAGAUGGUCGUCAUCCGCUCCUGGCCCAACGACUUUAUCUGGUGCUAGUCGAGAGAAGCAAAAUUCGGCCCUCGUACUGCUUUCUGCAAGCAGUCUGAUCUUGUUGCUGUGUAUGUAG